AUGUGGCGUAAGAAGGCAAAGGACAAAAAGGGGGAGCUCACGAGCGGCGUGGGCGCCGUCAAGACAGAGCGCAAGACGUCCCGGAACGAGCUCAAGGCUGAGCGGCGUGCUGAGCGUGCUCUGGAAGGUGACGAGGACAACAUAGAUGCGUUGCUGGCGCAGUUUGCUCUGCAGCCCACGCGAAUGCUGCGCGGGGGCGGCCAGCGGCGCGGCACUCAGUCGCGGCGCGUAGACCCGCAAGGGGCUGCCGCGGGCCGUCAUGGCGGCGGCCCCGAGCGCGUUCAGCUCGGCGUGCUGUGGCCGGCGGCCGCACUGCGGGAUGAAUCCUCACGGCUCGUCGUCUUUCGGCAGCCGCCGUCCUGCGCAGGCCUGCGCCAGUUGCUGGACAAGGCCAAGAAGGAGGUCGUGAUCGAGGCCGACUGCCCGCCGCCGUCGCCGCGCGUCAACGGGUCCCUGGUGCCCUACAUAACGCCGAAAUCGUCGGAGCUCAUCCUGUUUGGUGGGGAGUACACAGACCUCACCACUGGCAAGGUGCAUGUCAACGCUGACCUGUACCGCUUCGAUGUCGACAAGGCCAAGUGGACGCGCGUAAAGGCGCCCAGCAGCCCGUCCCCUCGUUGCGCCCACCAGGCCGUCGUGUACAAGGGAUGCAUGUACGUGUUUGGCGGCGAGUUCAGCAGCCCAAACCAGGAGCGCUUCAUGCACUUCAGGGACCUCUGGCGGCUGGACCUGUCGACCCACGAGUGGGACAGCCUGCCCACCCGCGGCGGCCCCAGCGCGCGCAGCGGCCACAGGAUGGCGCUGCACAAGAACAAGGCGAUCCUGUUCGGCGGCUUCUACGACACGGGCUCGGAAGUCAAGUACUACAGCGAUCUGUGGGAGCUGGACCUGUCCGAGCUGACCUGGCGCCCCGUCGGCCCCCCGCCCGCGCCGCUCGGCGCGCCGCCGCCGCUCGCGCCCGCGCCGCGCAGCGGCUGCGGGCUCGCGGUGGCUGGGGAUGUGAUGUAUGUGUAUGGGGGCUAUUCGAAAGAGGGGGACGACGAGGACGAUGAGCUGGAGCACGGCCGCGCCCACGACGACAUGUGGGCGCUGGAUCUUGGCAGCUACACAUGGGAGCGCGUGAAGAAGCAGGGCAUGGCGCCGGGGCCGCGCGCCUCGUUCGGCUGGGCGGUGCACAAGGGGGCACGCGCGUUCCUGUUUGGCGGCGUCAGCGACAACGAGGCCAAGGGGGGGGAGGACCUGUCCAGUGAGUUUCACAACGACCUGUACACAUUCUCGUGCACCAACAGGCGGUGGUUUGGCGCCGAGCUACGGCCGUCCAAGGCCGCCGCCAAGCAGCAGCAGCAGCAGGAAGAGGCGGCCGCAGCGGUGGGGUCGGGGGAGCCCGGCGGCAGCGGCGGCGGCGGCGGGGCGGGCGCGGCGGCGGGAAGCAGCGGCAGCGGGGCGAGCGGCGGCGCGGCAGCGGGGGACCCAAAAAUCGCGGCGCUGCUGGCGGCGGGCAAGGACAAGAACUCGCCCACAUACAAGGCUGCCGUGCGGAUCCAGAGCCGCUUCCGGGGCUUUGUGGUGCGAAAGGCUUACCAGCUAUACAAGGUCGGGGGCGUCGUGAGUGAGCUGCUGUACUCUCCUGCGGCCUACGGCCUGGACAUGUCGAUACGCAACAUGCCCAAGCCGCGCGCACGCAUCAGCCCGCAGAUCGCCGUGGUGGGCAACGCGAUGUGGCUGCUAGGCGGCACCGUAGAGGUGGGCGACAAGGAGAUCACCUUGGACGACAUGUGGCGCCUCGACCUGCAGAAGCUGGACGGGUGGACCCUCGUGCAGGAAAACACGGUGGGGGAGGAGGUGUUCAAGGCAGCCGCGGCGGCGGCGGGCCAGAGCAGCGAGGAGGAGGAGGACGGGUGA